UUUCAAAAAAUUUUAAUUUGUUUAUUUUUUGACGUGUUCACUACAUACUACAUUUGGCAUACAAAACUACAAAAUUUGAAAUUGUUCAAUACGUAAUAGACCAACUGACAUAGCCUAAGAAGGAACAAUGCCAUGGUAGAUUGCUAGUGACAACGGUUGGCUAGUUGACAAAAUUUUGGUUUAACAUGGGGGCCACCGGUCAAAAGCGUAAAUGCAGUUUAAAGAAUAUUUGCAAAUUAAUACGUCUUUAUCGAGCCAAUGAUUGCCUAUGGAAUCCCAAAUCGUCCAGCUUUCGCAAUCUGGAGAUGAAAGAGAGAGCUUGGCAACGCAUUUCCCAUUUAUUCAAUAACGGACUAAGCGUCGAUGCAGUUAAAUUGCAAAUAUUAUCAUUACGUUAUUAUUUUGCAACUGAAAUGUUGGCCAUCAAACGUUGCAAAUUGGGAGGAUACCCGCAUGUACCGAAGCAACCUUAUUUCAAAGAACUGCAGUUUCUCAAGGACGCGAUAGAGCCCAGUGUUAGUGCUCAGAUAAUUGAGUCAGAGGCACAGGAUCAAAUCAAUUGUAUUGUUGAGGAUGCCUUUCUGUUGAGCAACAGCGAGAACAGCAUUCACAACGACCAAAUUGAUUUUCAGAUCCCGUCAUCGAAUGAAUAUACCUUUACAAAUACUGAGCUACAAUCGCACGAAUCAGAACCCAGGCAGUUACCUUUGCCGCAGUACGAUAUGGGUGCAACGAUACUGCUGCCAAUACGUUGUGAAUCGGGCUGCGAUCGUUGGCAUCAGGCAAGCUACUAUGAGGAUGAAGAUGAAGGCUACGUAAGACGACCGAGUGGAUCAGCAAAUCCAAACGAGCAGAAUCAUAAUUUCAGCUAUUACAGCCGUAAAACUGCCGACAACGAAUAUUGCAGUCGAGAUUAUAAUAGCCAAUGGGCUCUGGCGUAUCCACCCCAAGUGCUUACCGAUUAUGGUAACACCUUAAAAACGAAUAUGUAUGCCGAAGUUACCUAUCCGAGAUGCGCCUGUGCACCCAAGAAAAAAGUGCUCACGGGUCGAUACAAACCCAAGUCGAAAUUAACAGACUCGUAUUACGAUGGUGAGGACUUUAAAAAAUUUGUGGAACCCAAUACGCAAAGCCUGCAGUUUAGAUGUUCUAAUCAUGCCAACUAUAAUACUUCAAGUGAUUAUCAUCAUGAUAGAUGCUAUCGCAAUGUCAGCCGGCACACAUCGGGUGAUGAACAGACAACGCCAUAUAAUAAGUGUGUUGGUGUCAAUUGUAACAUCAAUCAUGGAACUUAUGCGCCACAGGAGGUUGAUUCGGCUGGUUAUGGAGCUUAUCCGCAGAAAGAUUAUGGAGCCGUUUGUGGCUAUAAUAGAAAUAACCGACAAAUGUCAGACAAGGCGAAUGAUCCAUUGGCGGACGAUGAACCGGAAUCUUUUGUAGGAAUAUGCAAUGAAAGCAAUUGCCCUAAAUCACAAUUCUAUAAGCAGGCCGCCAAAAGCUAUGAAAAUAAUGAUUAUCAAAUGAAACAUAGGCCCUGUGACGACAAUCCUGAUUAUGGCGACGAACAAUAUUGCAGAAAUAAUCCAGAAAUGAAAGAUCGUGAGUGUGAGCCGACUGGAAAAUGUAGGCCUAGAAUUACAUCAGCAACUGACUCGACAGGGCAAACCUCAUCUAAUCGUCCAGCAAAUCAGUAUUCAAGGAAAAAAUACUGUACGAAUGACAAAGAGAGACUGAGGAGUCUUAAUAAUGAGAACGGCAGUGCAACAAACUAG